AUGAGCUAUCCCGAACAAUUCCAAGGUUUUGCCACCAACGAUCCCAAGGAUUGGGCAUCGCCCAAGCUUACUUCUUAUCAGCCCAAGAAUUUCGGGGCUCGUGACGUUGAUAUCGAAGUUGAAUGCUGUGGUAUCUGCGCAUCCGAGCUAUUUGCGCUCAAGAACGGAUGGUCUCAUGAACCAAUGGCCUGUUUGAGCUCUAAAUAUGGUCCCAAGACCCAAGUGGUGGGUCACGAGGUUGUGGGUAAAAUCGUAGCGAUUGGCCCAGAAGUGACACUAUGUAAAGUUGGCGACAGGGUUGGACUUGGUGCUCAAGCUUCCUCGUGCAUGAAAUGUUCUCGUUGCACAUCCAAUAACGAACAAUAUUGCGCAAAGUCUGUAGGUACCUACUGUGACCCUUACGAGGACGGAUACGUUUCGCAAGGUGGUUACGCUUCCCACGUUCGUGCUCACGAGCAGUUUUGUUUCCCAGUUCCACCAGAAAUUCCUUCUGAAUUUGUGGCACCUUUGCAAUGCGGUGGUCUUACUGUGUUCUCUCCAAUCAAGCGCAACAUUGCCGGUAAGCAAAACCCUAGAGUGGCAGUCAUUGGUAUUGGUGGUCUAGGACACAUGGCCAUCAUGAUCUCGAAAGCCUUAGGCGCCGAGGUCUACGCCAUUUCCCGCGGGUAUUCGAAAAAGGAAGAUGCUUCAAAGAUGGGGGCUGACCAUUUCGUUGCUACGGGCGAAAAAGACUGGAACAAAGGACUCGACGAUCACUUCGACUUGAUCUUGAACUGUGCCUCUUCCACCACUUCUUUAGAUCUCAACGCGUUGCUGCCAUGCUUGAAGGUCAACUGCAACUUUGUCUCUGUGGGCUUGCCCGACAUUGGCGAAGACUUCAAUGUCAAACCCUUCAGCUUUUUCCACAACGGUUGCAACAUGGGCUCUUCCAAACUAGGUUCUAGAGAAGAAGCUAUCGAGUUGAUGCAAUUGGCUGUUGAGCACAAUUUUAGACCCUGGGUUGAAACUCUCAAAGUCUCUGAAGCGGGUGUCUCCGAGGGUCUCACUAGGCUCGACCAAGGCGAUGUCAGAUACAGAUUCACUCUUACCGGCUUCCACGAGUUUUUCGGGACCGGUAAAUAA